CCUCGUGAGCUCAGCCAGCGUGACAGCUAGCCUGCGCACCGAGUCUCCUUGCUGCCGCGGAUAAAACGGGCUCCUUAGGACUUUCUCCUCCAUCACUUCCUUCUCUCAGCAAUGUGUAGUCAGGCAGGGAGGUGUGAGGAGCACGGCUCUUCACUCCUUCACGCUGCUCGGGAGCCAUGGCGGAGCGGACACUGAGUAGGGGGAGGCAGCGGUCGGAGCACAGCGGCUCCAACAGCAGCGGCUCAGCCGAGGACGGCUCCACGUUACCUGCGGCACAGCCACAACUCUCAGUGACGGAACACAAUGGUGACGGCUGCUAAAGUUUUACUCAGCUCCUGUCACGGACGGCCGGUUCAACUUUUCACUAACUUGUAUUUUAAUGUCGGCGGGCUCGUAGCCGCGCAGACUUAGUUCUGCUUCUCUUCUCUUCUCUUCUCUUCUCUUCUCUUCUCUUCUCUUCUCUAACGUUACGUGUGUCCUGUAAAGCCAUCUGCCUCCGGCGUAAAUCUGGCGCACUGUCCCGCAGUGUCUCUUUAAUAUUUCUAAGCCGAGUCAGCGGAGGUUAACAUGGGGGCAAAGCAGAGCAGCCCGACCGCUAAUCCCGCUGCUAACGGACGGACCAGAGCCUACUCCGGCUCGGACUUGCCCUCCAGCACGUCCAACAGCAACGGCAGCAAUGUCAGCAGGACUACCGCCGGGGGUGUGAGGUACCAUGCGUACGGUGGAGCCUCGGGAGCCACGUCCAGCACCAGUCAACACCACGGAGCCAGGGCAAGGACUGUGACGGGCUCAGGGGGCUCCGGGACCAGACCUCAGUCCGGCAUUAACAUUCCGAACAGCAGCGGAGCCUACAGCUCCCAGGAGUCCGGCGGUAGCAGCCCGGAGGAGGCGGCGGACAGGGAGCGCUCCGGAGGAGGGCGCGACGGUCCCCGGCUGUUGAUAGGAUCACUACCAGCACACCUCUCGCCUCAUCUGUUCGGAGGCUUCAAGUGCCCUGUGUGCUCCAAGUUUGUGUCCUCAGAUGAGAUGGAUCUGCACCUGGUCUUGUGCUUAACCAAACCCAGAGUGACAUAUAACGAGGACGUCCUGACCAAGGACGCAGGAGAAUGUGCAAUCUGCCUGGAGGAGUUGGUGCAAGGAGACACCAUCGCUCGUCUGCCCUGCCUCUGCAUCUACCACAAAGGCUGUAUCGACGAGUGGUUCGAGGUGAACAGAUCGUGUCCGGAGCAUCCAUCAGAUUAAAGCUUUUGUUUGCACAGGUACUCUACAAAAUGAAAUGUGGAUCCAGGCCGACUCUGGACACUGUGACCACUGUGAUCAGUUCAACCCCCACACCCCAACCCCCACCAUAAUAAUGUAGUACCACAGUGUGCCAAAUCUCAUGUAAGCAAUCUUCAGGGAUACAGACUUUUGUGUUUAUGUUUGAGUUGCACAUCCUCACUCAGUCUCAGACUGGACGGACUGAUCUCACCUCAGAGCCACACAGGAGGACUUCUUGACAGGGCGGGGCUCUUCGUUGGACAGCAGAUGUCAGCUGAUUGUACACCAGGACACACUGGAAGAGGUGGACAUGGUCCUGGAGGUGGGGGGUGCGGAGCGAUGUGUGGAUUAUCCCUCCCCUUGUUACUCUGCCCCCCUCCCCCGCCUCCUUCCCUCAGCCAUCAGCGUCUACAUCAGUGCCUUCUUGCUGUGAUGCCCAGCAACAGUGAGGCAGGACAAAGGAGUCAUGAGCCGACCCAGCCUGGAACCUUGCAGGACCAUCUCACCACAACUGCCAUUCUACCAGUCCAGGAGAGACGAGACAGAACAGCAGCAGAAACAUUCGCACAUUUUGCAGAACUGAAGCUGCUGUAAAAAUGGUGCCAAUCAACUGUGAAUAUAUUCAAACACACACACACUCAAUCAUCAGUGCUUUUUAAUCAUAUGCCAUAGAGUAGAGGUCCUCAGGUACAAAAAACCUGUCCCCAGUCCUGAGAAGGAUCCCUGACUUACCAGCCUGAACCUCUAGUAGAGUAUUGCUGCUACAGUUUCUGUUUUUAGCUGUUUCAAAGGUCAUUGUCACAUUCUAACAGAUUCAUGUUAAUUCACAGUGACAUGCAACAACCUCCUGACAGCUUCUCAUGUUGGAAGGAGAUUUUUUUUUUUUUUUUAAAGAGACGCAUUGAAUAACGAGAAAGGUUUGUGACAUAAUGAGAUCAAGUGACAGAAAAAGAAGCCACUGGAAACCCAAAUCACUGUCAUUUAGGGUCUUAUACAUAAUAAUAAGCAUCUGAAAAUUAUGAGGAAUUACACUCAAUUUAAAUUUGAAUUGUUCUAAGUUCUUGUGAACUUUCCGUGAUCUGGGCCGCUGGUUUAUGCUUGAUCCAAACAAACGCUCAAUCUGCCUCUUUGAGUCGACUAAACAGGGAGCUGAAACCGUUCAAAGCCACAACACUUCACAACAAGUCAUUUUACUGUAUUAAUACUUCAGUUUCUACAAACCUGGUGAAGCUUGUUGCAGAUUUGCUGUAUCUUCAGUUUUUUUUUUUUUUUUUUUUGUAGAGCAGAAGAGUAACAAGCUCAAGUGUUUCAGCUGAUUUUCAGUGAUUAUCACAGAGCACAGGUCAACAUCACAGCGACACUGUGAGGCUCUGCAUUGAAUUCAGGGUCAAAUCAUUAAUACAGGAAAAAAUGAAAGAUUUGUGCCACAAAAUAAUGAAGAUAAAGCAGAUGUUUUUAUCUCAAAGAAUCAUUUUUUGAGAUUUUCACUGACAGUAGAGAGACGACAUAUAACAAGAGUAAACAAAGGUCCCCCUGAAGGGCUGUUUCUUUACUCUGAGGGUUACCGUCUGUUGGACUUCCAGACCAGAUUUUGUUGUUUUAAAUGCAAUUAUCCUUUACUUUAGUAGCAGCAACUUUUGGUACUCAAGUGACCAUUUGUUCUGCUUAAACUUGGUGUUAACAUGUUAUGGCUGAAAGAUUUAUGGUUGUCAUGUUAGAAGUCCUUAACCUGCUGAUUGGUCAGCAAAACUUCUUUGUACCAAGUAAAGUUGGCCAACGCAACACAGAGGGACUCUGGGAAGACUGUACCUGUUUCAGUGGGGUCAGGUUUAGCCUGAAGACCUCAACCGUGGAGCAGACUUUGAUUUCACCGACCAGCUUAUCAUCAGCAGCCUGACAAUAUGAAGUCAUCAGUGAAAUCAGAGUGUGGAUCCCAAAGCUCCAACGGAACGCAUCAGAGUUUCUCCUCUGAAGCUCCUUUUUUUUCCCCCAUGAACCCAGCGCUUGUCCCUCUGCCCCGAAGACUAUUUUUAUACAGCAAAAACAAAUAAGCUGCUUCACUGUUUCCUUAACAGCAACUUUGCAAGCAAUCUUCUGUAAUCCCAGCUUCAUGUGGAGGUUCCUAAAAAGGGCAUGACGAUUUGAUUCAAAAAUGUUGGUUAACAUGAGGUGAAGUGUCCCGUAUGGCUUCCACCUUCUCUCUACGCUGUCUUUUCUCACCGCUCCAUCCUCUGUUUGUGUCUUUAGAUCUACCUCCAGGUAGGAGCACGUGGUAGUGGAAGAAAGGUAAGGCAAAAUAAAGUGGGAGCUUUAUUUUGAAAAGACAAUUUUUUUUUUUGUAAUCCUCAGAUUUUGAAAGUGAUUGAGCCAUCAUGCACAUGCAGUCUUAGACAUUUGAAUAUUUAGGAUAGAACAUACGGUAUAUAUCAGAUGCAUGUGUGUGCAGGGUUCAAAAAGAGCAGCUGAUUUUCCACUGGACAGCUGCCGAAUCUCAAAUCCACUUCUCCACCUUUCCUCCACUCCCUCACAGCCACAUCUGUCCUCCUAUCAGUCACUAACCCGGGCUGGGUUCAGUCAUUACCCUGCACUGUACAAACCUGGGCCGCUGUGUAGAACGUCAAUCAAAACAGAAUGCAUCAAACUCUUGCAAAUGCAACUUGCAAAUGGUUGCAUCCUGUGUUCAUUUCUGUUUUACACAGUGUUUGGAAUGUGGGUUGCAAAUGUAGAAAGCAGACUGUGGAAGUCCUUCAACCUCAAAAACACAUCAUAUCAUAACAUAUGAAUCAUUUUAUUUCAAAACAUUUUCAUAUUUCAUUUGAGCUGCUGACAUGUCGGUCUGUGUAGUCCUAACAUGUUGGCUUGUUUUAGUUAUCAUAAUGUUCAUCAUUCUGUUUGAGAGAUGUUGAGUUAAAGGUCCAGUGUGUAACAUUUAAGGGCAGAAAUGGAAUACAGUAAGCAUGAACUGUUUUCAUUAAUGUAUAAUAACCUGAAAGUAAGAAUGAUGUUUUUUUUUUUUAUUACCUUCAAAUGACCCUUUUGUAGGACAAAUCAAACUCUGGCUCCUGAUAGGAUCUUUAGCGUUUUUCAGGGGUUUUACAGCCACUGUAGUUUCUCCUUCAUGCUUGGAGGGUGAGGCAAGGGGUCUUCAGUUGUUUGUAAUCUGCAACUUUACCACUAGAUGCUGCUAAAUCUUACACACUGCACCUUUAAAUGGACUGAACUGUCUCUCUGCCUAAAGAUAUCUGCUGUCAACUUCUGUUAGGGACUGUAGGAAAAUGAUUCAGGUCAGAGGGCAAUGAAUCUUCUCUUUGAUUUGACAUAAAGGAGCUUCCCGUGGUAUUAAUAUUUUUUUUUGCUUGUCAAACAGUAACUCUUUAAUUUAAGUUAUUACAGAGAUCUAAUGAGACACCCAGGAACAGGUGACAGGUCUUUCCUCCACCCUUUAUAGAAGUGCAAUACUAAAUUAUCAGAGUAUCCCUUUAUGGACCUCCAUCUUUAAUCUAACUGUGCUUCACUGUUUAAAUGAGUCAUGUGGUUCUGUGGUUGGAAUGAUGGUGAGGGAUCUGUUUAUGGGUCACUGGAGGAAGAGCUCAAUGAACUUCGGAGUUUUGGGAUCCACCCUGACACAGCCACAGAGAUCAGAUGAGCCCUGUAACACUGUCCCACCACACGGUGGUGCCACAGAGUCACGUUGCCCUCUGCAGUCUGAACAUUUGUCUCAUAGAUGGACACCUCACAGGGCUCGUACUGUACCUCCGUCUCUCAUCUCACGUCUGCAAUCAUUUAUGAUUUCUCCUCAUUUUCAUGACUGAUUGUACAAAUGAUUUCUGUGACACUGACUAGUAAUGUUUGUGUUGUUUUUUUCAUUUCUGUGUGAAC